AUGUUGUUUAAGCCAUUUUUCAGCGCACUUUUCACCAUGGGGUCGUCUGUUGUUAGAAGAGAAUCUCCGACCCUUAUCAUAGCUAGAAAUCUGAUGAAAACUCAUAAAGGUACGGCUAAAAGAUGGCGGAAGACAGCUAAUGGGUUCAAAAGAGGCAUUGCUGGAAGGAAUCAUGGGAAUGGCGGGUGGUCCCGACGUUCUUUGAAGUGUUUGACCGGUAGGAAAACCGCAACUCCUUCUCAGGCCAAACGUUUGAAACGCUUACUCCCCUUUGGCUGA